AUGGAGAUGAAAAAGAUCAGCUUCGGCUUCAGCAAGAGCGUCCGGAAGGCGCCGCUGAAGGCCGGUCCGUCGGCCAUCGGGGUCCGGGAGAAGGACGAGCGGGACAAGAUCGAGUUGAUUUCGUGCGUCGAGGAGCAGUCGAUUAGGGUUGUGGGGAGGGAGAACGGUGAUGGGGAAGUGAAGGAUUUGGUAAUUCCGCUGCGGGAGCAGGAUAAAACUACGGUUCCGGGGAGGUUGGCGAAGCUGCAGGAAAUUAAGGAAGAUCGUGGGCUGGGUGUUGUGGCUGUUGCUGGUGAGAAGAGGGUGGAGACGUUGGAGCAGAAGGCGGCUCGUGAGAUUAUGGAAGAGCUGAGGGAGCGGCAGGAUAAUUUUGGGAAGGAGGACAAUUUUGUGGUUCCUUUGAAGCCGGAAGAUUUGCCGUUGGAGGGGGCGCGCGAGUCGACGUUGGAUGACUAUGAGGCGAUUCCGAUCGAGUCGUUUGGGAUGGCCAUGCUGCGGGGAAUGGGAUUUAAGGAGGAUCCGGCGAAGAAGAAGGACAAGGACGAUAAGCUGCUGCCGGAGGGACCGAUGAUGCGUCCGAAAGGGUUGGGGUUGGGGGCGGAACGGGCACCGAAGGACGCAAGCAAGCAGCUUAUCCCGCCGGCGAAGGACGAAGUGCUGGCGAUGCGGAACGGAGCGUUCGUGAAGGUGCUGACCGGACGACAGAAGGAUGCUUACGGGACGGUGAGUUGA